AUGUAUGAGAGAGCAGUGCUAAGAAAAGAUCAUCAGAAGAAAUAUGGAGCAACAGUUGAUCUUUGGAGCAUUGGGGUAACGUUUUACCAUGCAGCUACUGGAUCACUGCCGUUCAGACCAUUUGAAGGGCCACGUAGGAAUAAGGAAGUGAUGUAUAAAAUAAUUACUGGAAAGCCUUCUGGUGCAAUAUCUGGAGUACAGAAAGCAGAAAAUGGACCCAUCGACUGGAGUGGAGACAUGCCUAUUUCUUGCAGUCUUUCUCGGGGUCUUCAAGUUCUACUUACCCCUGUUCUUGCAAACAUCCUUGAGGCAGAUCAGGAAAAGUGUUGGGGUUUUGACCAGUUUUUUGCAGAAACUAGUGAUAUACUUCAUCGGAUGAUAAUUCAUGUUUUUUCACUGCAACAAAUGACAGCCCAUAAGAUUUAUAUUCAUAGCUACAAUACUGCUACUGUAUUUCAUGAACUGGUAUAUAAACAAACCAAAAUUAUUUCUUCAAAUCAAGAACUUAUAUAUGAAGGACGACGUUUAGUUAUAGAACCUGGAAGACUGGCACAGCAUUUUCCUAAAACUACUGAGGAAAAUCCCAUCUUUGUAGUGAGUCGGGAACCUCUGAGUACCAUAGGAUUGAUAUAUGAGAAAAUUUCCCUUCCUAAAGUACAUCCACGUUACGAUUUAGAUGGGGAUGCUAGCAUGGCUAAGGCAAUAACAGGAGUUGUAUGUUAUGCUUGUAAAAUUGCCAGUACCUUGCUGCUUUAUCAGGAAUUAAUGCGAAAGGGGAUACGAUGGUUGAUAGAAUUAGUUAAAGAUGAUUAUAAUGAAACUGUUCACAAAAAGACAGAAGUUGUGAUCACACUGGAUUUCUGCAUCAGAAACAUUGAAAAAACUGUGAAAGUAUACGAAAAGUUGAUGAAGAUCAACCUAGAAGCAGCAGAGUUAGGUGAAAUUUCAGACAUACACACCAAAUUGUUGAGACUUUCCAGUUCUCAGGGAACGAUAGAAACCAGUCUUCAGGAUAUCGAAAGCAGAUUAUCUCCAGGUGGAUUGUUGGCAGACAUGUGGGCCCAUCAAGAAGGCACUCAUCCAAAAGAUAGACAUGUAGAAAAGCUACAAGUCCUGCUAAAUUGCAUCACAGAGAUUUACUAUCAGUUCAAAAAAGACAAAGCAGAACGUAGACUAGCUUAUAAUGAAGAACAGAUCCACAAAUUUGAUAAGCAAAAACUGUAUUACCAUGCAACAAAAGCUAUGACCCAUUUUACAGACGAAUGUGUUAAAAAAUAUGAGGCAUUUUUGGAUAAGUCAGAAGAAUGGAUGAGAAAGAUGCUUCAUCUUAGGAAACAGUUAUUAUCACUAACUAAUCAGUGUUUUGAUAUUGAAGAAGAAGUGUCGAAGUAUCAAGAUUAUACAAAUGAGUUACAAGAAACUUUGCCUCAAAAAAUGUUUGCAGCCUCCAGUGGAAUCAAACAUACCAUGACCCCUAUUUAUCCAUGUUCUAAUACAUUAGUGGAAAUGACUCUUGGUAUGAAGAAAUUAAAGGAAGAGAUGGAAGGAGUGGUUAAAGAACUUGCUGAAAAUAAUCAUAUUUUAGAAAGGUUUGGCUCUUUAACCAUGGAUGGCGGCCUUCGCAAUGUUGACUGUCUUUAGCUUUCUGGGAAGUUCGAGAACAGUUUUAGUUUGCACAAGAAAAUAAUGCUGAGACAUUCAUUAAAUGAGUG